AUGAAAUUAGAAUAUCUAUUAAAAAUAUGGACGCCUUGCGAGAGCUAUCUUUACAUUGAAGGAAAAUUAAAUAUACCUGCAGAUAUUACAGCAGAGAAGGGUGAAUUCAACUUUACAAAUAAUGGCUUAGCGUUUUUAUUUUCUGAAAUCCGAUAUGAAAUUAACGGAGUGGAAAUACAAAAAUUAAAAUCUCCUGGAAUAUCUUCGAGUCUUAAAGGUUUUUGCUCACUCACUCCGAGUGAAUUGAACAAUCUACAAAAUGCUGCUUGGGACGUAGAUAUGGAUGCCAGUGAUAAUAAACAUUUCAUGUUAAAUAACAAAUUCACUGGUUGUAUCCCACUCAAACACUUGUUUGGAUUUUGUGAAGACUAUAAAAAAAUACUACUCAACUGUAAUCAACAAAUAAUUUUAAACAGAUCAUCUACAGAUUUUGAUGCGAUGUACGUUUUGGCGACAAUUCCUAAUGAAAAACUUAAAAAAGUAGCCAUUGAAUUAAAUAAAACUAUUUGGAAGAUGCCCAUCAUCAGAGUUAGUGAUAAAGAAAAAAUAUAA